GCUGCGGGAUCGGCUCUGCCCCGAUCGGCGCGGGAGAGGCAAGGGUCACGCCGGGAGGUGUCUCCGCUCCGCACCCGGCUCCCACCGCGAAGGCGAGAUGGAGGUUGGUAUUUGCAAACAGGAGAUGGUCCAGAAGAAGAAUGCCAUUUUGGUGGAUGGGGUCACCCUAAAUGGUCCAAUAAUGGACUCAGAAGCAGGAGAGAAGUUUGUGGAAGAGGCCUGUAAGAUUAUAAUGGAAGAAGUCAUCCAGAAAGCUGAUGACGUAACAGGAAAGGUUUGUGAAUGGCAAGCCCCUGAAACACUGAAGCAGAUUCUUGACCUGGAAAUGAGGGACACUGGAGAAUCUCAUCAGAAACUCUUGCAACUCUGCCGGGAUGUUAUACAGUACAGCGUCAAAACCAGUCAUCCGAGAUUCUUCAAUCAGCUGUAUGCUGGAAUAGAUUAUUACUCGUUAGUGGCUCGUUUCAUUACAGAAGCACUGAACCCAAGUGUAUACACAUAUGAAGUAUCCCCUGUGUUUCUGUUGGUGGAAGAAGCAGUCAUCAAGAAAAUGAUUGAGUUCAUAGGCUGGGAAGAAGGUGAUGGUAUAUUUAAUCCAGGUGGCUCUGUUUCUAAUAUGUAUGCUAUGAACUUAGCAAGAUACAAGUUUUGUCCUGAGAUAAAGGAAAAAGGGCUUUCAGGUUUGCCAAGACUAGUCCUGUUCACUUCAGAAGAGUGUCAUUACUCCAUGAAAAAGGCAGCCUCCUUCCUGGGUAUUGGUACAGAGAAUGUUUACUUCAUCAAAACAGAUGAAAGAGGUAAGAUGAUACCUGAGGAACUGGAGAAACAAGUCCAGCGGGCCAGGAAAGAGGGGUCAGCACCGUUUCUUGUCUGUGCUACAGCAGGCACAACAGUGCUGGGAGCAUUUGAUCCUCUGGAUAAAAUUGCCGCUAUCUGUGAAAAGCAUGGCCUCUGGCUUCAUGUUGACGCUUCCUGGGGUGGCUCGGCUUUGAAGUCGCGGAAGUAUUGCAGACUUCUUCAUGGCAUACACAGGGCAGAUUCUGUUGCCUGGAAUCCCCACAAAAUGCUAUUGGCAGGAAUCCAGUGCUGUGCUCUUCUGGUGAAAGACAACUCUGGCCUCCUGAAGAAGUGUUACUCUGCCGAGGCUGCAUACUUGUUCCAGCAGGACAAGUUCUACGAUGUCAGCUAUGACACUGGUGACAAGUCCAUUCAGUGCAGCAGACGUCCAGAUGCGUUCAAAUUCUGGCUGAUGUGGAAAGCAUUGGGAACCACAGGCCUCGAGGAGAGAGUAAACAGGGCACUGGCUUUGGCUAGAUACCUAGUUGAGGAAAUUAAGAAAAGAGAGGGAUUCCAGCUGCUUUUGGAGCCCGAGUAUGCAAAUGUUUGCUUUUGGUACAUUCCACCAAGCUUAAGAAAAAUGGAGGAUGGACCCGAAUUUUGGCAGAAGCUACACCACGUUGCUCCUAUAAUUAAAGAAAGGAUGAUGAAGAAGGGAAGCAUGAUGCUUGGGUACCAGCCUCACCAGGGCAAAGUCAACUUCUUCCGCCAGGUGGUGAUCAGCCCACAAGUUAGUCGAGAGGACAUGGACUUCCUGCUGGAUGAAAUUGAACUGCUUGCUAAGGACUUGUAGCUGUAGCUCCACAGCACCAGGCGCUGCUCGCCUGUGAUAUUUAUGGAGAGAGAAUGGCAGCAGCAUUCUGGUACGAUUUUGUGAAAAGUAGUGAAAAGAUUGACAUAUAGUUUGGAAACUACAAUUUUACAGAGUGAUGUUGAGAGCUUUGCAGGUAGAACACCCCUUCCCAGGAAAGUAUUUGCUGAUGGGGGCUGAAAGUGGCUGGAGAAGGCCGGUGCUUGCAGCACCGCUGCUGCCAUUCUGGGAAGUGUUUCCUCAAGAAGGGAGCACUUCUGAAAGUGGUGUUUAUGUCCCACAGAGAGCAGCUAUUUAUGGGGUGCCUAUGCACAGUGUAGCUCAAACUGAUCACUCAUGCACACAAGCAAUCCUCUGAAGUUACUGUUAGGAGUGGAUUUAGCUCAGUGAGCCUUAAAAUACUAGUUAAUACUCUGUCUACUCUGUCAAUAUUUUAGUUUGGUAUAUGUUUAAGGGUAGAGGUCUGGUUGGUAAUCACACUGAUAAGGCUUGAAAUUGUGGACUUAUAGGAAGAGUUCUUCAAGGACUCCAACUAGAUGGCUUGCCCAGAUUUUCUGCUGUGAGCACAGGCAGGCAGUAGAAUAGGGCUUAGUGGGAGGUUUGCAGGACCCCCUGCACGAAGCCCCAGGCAACCAAUAUUGACCCUGCUUUGAACAGGUUGAAUUAGAUGACCUGUUAAGGUCCCUUCCAACCUACAGGAUUUUGCAAUUCUGUGAAAUACAAUCAUUGGGCCCAGCCAGUGUUUGCCAGUGUUGCUCAACCAAAAUAUCACCACCACUUUAGCAGGGCUGAGAAUAUUGGAAUAGCACUUAGAAAUUCUUAACCUUUUUGUUAACAGGAGUUACCUAUCAUUUCUGAACUGCUGUUCACUUUCCUCUAUUUUUAAAGUGUAAAGAUUUAUGUAGCAGCUUUAGAUGCACUUUAAAAUUAUAACAGAGAAAAAAGAAUAUUUACCUGAAAGAUAUCUAUUUUUUAUGCAUGUUGACUAUGUAUUAAGAAUAUAGCAAAAUUACUUCCUGUAUCAUUUAUUGCCUUAUGCAUCUGGCUACACCAGCUAUCAUGAUUGGAACUAAAUUCAGGGCUGUUGGGCUUAUUUAGCCUCCCAGCCAGGCUGGGUGGAGUGCAGAGCACUCAAGGGGUGCCCUUCCUCCUUCUCCUUUUUGACCUUGAAGGGUAGGACAGAAUGCAGUGGCAGGAUGUUUUGGUUAUGGUCCAGAUUCUUGGUGAGUACUGGAUUUUUUCUGAUUCAGGCAGAGCUAUGCCACUUCCCAUCAGCUAAGAAUUUGGUCCAUGGUGUUUUGUGACACCACUACUAUAAAAAAAAGUGUUACCGUCUUGUUUCUCCUUAUGUUGUUAGUAUAUUUCUCUGUGUCCAGAUACUGUGAUACUUACCGCACAUGUCAGGCUGAAGCAACAACACAGUUCCUUUCUGUAGCAGUAGUGGCUAUAAUAUAUAUAAAUGAGAGCAAAAUGGAACUUUUUUAGUGUUUGCAGAAAAUGGGUCACUGAUCAACAUGUGCACUGAUUUCUUCAGAGGUGUAGGUUAACCUUCCAGUGUGAUGUAAGUUCCUAAUCUAAUCUCCAUAUAUUUCCUAUUAUUUCUGACCCCUUAUCAUGUCCCAGGUGUGCUAUAUCAUGGUCUCAUUUCAGGAUUAAUGUCAUUUUCUCAUAGUUGGCUAUUUAGGACUAGUAUGUAUAAAAUGUCUAUUUUGUAGCUGGUGAUUUUAAUAAAAAGUGAAGUAAGUGACACAAA